UCACCGUGGUUUGCAGGUGAUGUGAUAGUCGCCGACGGGAAGGGAGCUUCCCGGGAUGGAAAUGGCAGUCUGAGCGUCGUUGAGGGCGAACAUGGACAAAUCACCUAUGUCCGGGAGGCCUCCAAGAGAGGACAGCACGUGCAGAUCCCAGCCUAGCACCACCUUGCUCCCGUUGACAUGCAGCUGAUCAUCGCAUGAGAUGUCUUGUAUUGGCGUUUCUGGAGGCGUCUCGGGGACGGCGUGUACACGAACAGCCAGGCUGACUGGUUCUGUGGGGUCGAUUGUCUGCUCAGAUGGCUGGAGCGGCUCAAUGUGAGCAGCACACUUCGGGAACAUUCUUGUUCUGGUCAUGAAAUAAAAAGUCGCCGACUGUUGAGACAGGUAGCUAUGCGUUGUCAGAAGGAAGAGGAGGCUAACAGUGCAAGAGACACCCAACAAGGACCGAGACCCAUGCACGUGACACUUCUCAUUCUUCAUUGCAACUCCGUCCAGUCACUCACCUGACUUCGGAUUCUGUUUGGUUUGUAUUCAUGCCAGCUUCCUUCAUCGCUGUCCCGAUCGCCAGAUACGCCACUUGUCGCCCGUUAUACUCGUCCAACAUCCGCUGUAUAACAGCCGUCAGAUUCCUCAUCAGCGGAUCGUCGGCCGUGCUUGGAGGGUCCCACGGACUUAAGUAGUCUUUCUCGGACCUGACGAUGGUCCAUGUGUAGUUGAGGGACCGAAUGCCAGCCCCCCGGCUAGCUGAAGCGUCAAAGAUGACUUGGCCACCACAGCCAACGAACUGAGGGUAUGUCACCUGAGGCAAUACGCAGACGGACGUCUGCAAGAGUAGCGCUUUUUGUACUCAAUGUACCUUUGCAGCUGUGGCGAUGAAUCUCUCUGGCGGCUCUGGAAGGCUCAUAGGCACUGUCUGCUCUUCAUUCUCGGGCAUGGCAAACGUGUCCAGGCUGGACAGGCCCGAGCCACUGCUUGUGGCAUUGUCGGCCAAAGGACCCCUUCUUGCUGCGUCGGGGUCCCAGUUGACCGCGUGAGGCGUGACUGUCACAAGUGUUUGCCUUAUUAGGGUGAGGGACAUGCCAGGGAGGACCGCGGCGUCUUGAUCGAAAGAGAUUCUGAGACGUCGGUCACUGAUCAAUGUGGACCUGAGGGAGCAGAGCGCGAUGGGUGAAAGAAACGGAUGGGAAGCAGCUUGUUGGUGCGUUGACUGUGUAUGAUUUUACGUGGAUGAUUUGCCAAAUAGCUCAGAAGCGUCUUCGAAGAGUUGCGAUGAUGGAACCGUGCGUGUCUCCUUUUGCACUGAGCUUAUCACGAAUUCUGCCGGCUGGGCAAGCACUGCCGUCAGCGAAGUGCCCUUGGGGUCAAACGAUACCCUCUGCAUACAUACAGACAACAAUCGUGUCUGUCCAGCACACAUGCACAUACGCCGUUCCACUGUUAGACCUCGAAAUUGGGCGGAUGGACCGUGAAGCACAAUUCAUCACCACUCUCCCUCUCUGCAUAGUCCCGACAGCCCAACACAGGCGGCUGCACAUUCGUCACGUUGCACGAGUAACACAGCACAGGGGUGGUCCUGGGCGGUGCCUCCACAAUGCCACAGAUGAAGGCGCCAAAGCUUUCGUAGUAGGAGGGCGACCCUCCACAGGCGACAACGCAGUCAGACUUGUGCACUGGGACGAUCAUGCCCGUCUUGGGCGAUGGACGACGAUCCGUCUCAUUGAUAAUGAUGUCACCACCCGGGUUUCCUUCUCCCGGAAUUGGGACUAAUGGUGCCUCAGUGGGGACCACUUCUGUCUCUUCAUCUUCUCUUUCUUCCAGAUGAGAAAUGUCAACGGUCUCCUCCCUCAGUGUGCAACUCCAUCCCUGCUCAACGCGACACGCCGGCGAGCACCCGUCACCUCCAAAGCUAUCCUGGCCUUCGCAUUGCUCCGUUGAUGUGAGCAGCAGGUUGCCGCACGCUGUCCUACAAACGGAUGGCUGCGAGGAGUCGCAGGUGUAGCCGAGCUCGAUGCGACACGUCGGUGAGCAUCCAUCGCCCGCUCGCUGAUUCUCGUCAUCGCCUGCAGGAAGAAUAAUCACAAGCUUACUAACUCUUGUCCCGUCGAGUGACAUGCGUGUGCGUGAGUGUGUCCUGUAGAUGAGUACAUUCUUCGUCUCCUUUGACCUUCCCAUCUCCACAAAGGGGAAGGAUUUGCACUUUGCUCACGAGAGGCGAGGCGGCCGGUCCCUGGUUGGGGAUGUGCACGAGACGAUAGCCGUCCUCGAUGGUGCACUGCGCCGAGCACCCGUCGCCAUCUUGGGGAGGCAUCUGUACGCACACAGUCGGCAGGACAAGCAAUUGGUGUCCGAGUUUGUGUGAUGGCGUUGCUGGCUACCAUGCCUUGGUCGCAUUCUUCGUGCGGCCCCGUCACAAUACCAUCCCCGCACCUCUGGCUGCCAGUAGCGCGCACGACACCGAUGUCUACCACCUGUGAGACACAGCAUCAUGCUUAUAAGGAUGAUUCACCUGCUGUCCAUCCACCUCUGUGGGCUGUGACGGAAGCAUCCAACAUACGCGAUACGAAGUAUAGGGGCCCCCAAGCCCCCAAGUCGUGAUCUGCAUGUCUUCGGGGAGGCGGAUGAGCAACCGAUUGAUCAUCUGAAUCGAAAACUCCGUCGUUGGCUCUUGCACUUGGUCGACCAGAAUAGGCUGCUCUAGUGGCAUUUCUCUUCCUGAUGCGCUCCGGCGGUACCAAUGGUCUCUGACCAGCUGCGCCUUCUCCCGGAGGUGUGUCUCGAUGUCGGCCGCUGAGGGAUCGGUGAGGUUCUCAGGAUGACACAUUUCUUCCGAUGGCCCCACCAAGAAGAGAGGCCCCGGGAUGAUGUAUAUGCGGGCAGUCGAGGUCAGAAAUGAGCCACGAAUGGGAAGCGUAAAGAGUUCCUCAAUUCGAAACUCCCAGAGCUGCGAACGAAAGCAUACAUCUACGUGAGGAAGAGCCUGCACAUUUGCAUGCCUCUCACCUGUUGCUCAUACGGAGCUAGUAGCACAAAUUCGCCCGCAUCUAAGACUAUCGACUUUGGGUCAGUGCAGUUGGCAUUGGUAAGUGUGGCGGGGUCAAGGGGUUCGGCUGAGUUGAGGUCAGACACAAGUGGAAAAGAGAUGCCGCUGGAACAGUAACAUACCUGUUUGCCCCAAGACAAUACAACCUUAGGUGACACACACACGCAGACUGAAGCGACUUACCUUUUUCAGGAAGGGUUCCUUCAUGAUUGUGUCAUUGCGGCCGAGGCGAAAGUGAGCCAGCCAAAACAUCCCUUCGUCUGUCUUACUGUAGAUGACCUUCAU